AUGGCGUCUAAGUCGACCAAGGACGCGAAGGCAAUCAUAUGCAUGUCUGAUUAUUGUGAUGUACUAUACAAGGGACCAGGCGGAGUCAUUGUGAGUCAAAACUACCCUAAUGAGUAUGAAAAUGACUUGGAAUGUGGCAACAACAUCACUUGCCCUGUUGGUGAGCUCAUCGACAUAGAAUUCAACGCAUGGGACGUCGAAUAUUUUGAUGAGCUAUGGAUAGUGGACGGGGCCUUGCAUACAAAACUCAACGGCGAUCCAUACCUCGGCAAAACCAACGAAGCCUACCUCGUCUUUGAAACUGACUAUUCAAUCGUUCAUUCUGGAUGGAGCCUUAACUACUCAUGUGUCCAAACGGAAAAACCGUAUCCUGUCUUCUUCUGGCCCUUAAAUGGUUAUCUGAGGGGGAAAGAUAUUGGCGGAUAUGCGGUUCACAGCUUCACCGAUAACCUGGAGUUCGCGGAGGGAGUUGGCGGCAUCGCUGAAGGCUCAAUCACAUUCACUACCAACGCGCCGUACCUGAUCAUCGACAUGCCCUCAGAUACUAUUUCAACGUUCUCGGUUACUCUAUUGGUCUAUCCAGAGGCUUCAAGCUCUGUGAAUCACGUCAUGACUGCUCUGAACAACCAAGGAGAGAUAAAAAUGAAGAUAAACAUUUUCAACAAUACGGACCUCGACGCAAUUUUCUUCUUCCCAAGCGGUGACUUCAAGCUGUCCGCUAGAAACGCGAUACUCCUUCAGAAAUGGAUAUUCGUCGUUCUCACCUACGACAUUAACACUCAAGUCGCGCGGCUGUGGGUGAAUGGUGUGCCAGUCAUAGAGGGGCAGGUCGGCAGCUUGAACAUACAGGUGAAGAGAAUUGUUGUCAGCAAUGACCGAUAUCCGUUUAACGGAAGGAUCUCGUGUCUUCAGAUAUACGAAAUUGCUCUGAACUCAACUCACGUAAGGAAAGCAGGGAAUUUGUGUAACGGUACAGUUGGAGCGACGCGGCUAGUGGGACACACGAGCGAUGCUGGGCAGGUGGAAAUCUUUUACAACAAUACCUGGGCAAAAGUGUGCCGACACCCAGAUUAUGACAUGAUGAACUUCUUAGCUGCCCAAGUGGUGUGCAUGGGACUAGGACUGGAUUGGGGACAGGUAACGACCCGUGCACCGAAUGAGAUACCAGAAAACUUGUCUCAACCCAGUUGGCUCAGAGGCGUGGACUGUAACUCGCUGGAAGUAUCCCUUGCAGAAUGUAAACACUCCCCCUGGGAACUGGAACUUUGUUCCGUGGAUAAAGUUUUGACCGUGAGCUGCUUUGCUUUCGAAACGACGACACAGGAAUCAUCAACAUCCCAACUAUCACCUAUAGUAACAACGGAUAUGACUACCCAGAAUUCAGAAUUGACUACAGACUUUGAAACUACCAUUGAAUUAUUGGAAAGUGAUACAACUGAGGCGGCAAUGACAACAGCCUACGAAACUGAAGCUGCAAAGAUGACGACAAUAGCAUCAGAUACAUCGCCAGUUGAAUCAACACCGAGUCCAACGACGACGUCAGCAGAAACCACAGAUAUCACUACCGAGCCUAUGGAGACAACAUAUGUACUAGUAAGUACUGUAGUGGUAACAACAGAUGUGCUGACAACAGAUCCAUCAACCACCGCAUUGACAACAUCAUCUGCAGCGACACCUACCACAUCAACGGCAUCUGCAGGACCGACAACCGCAGCACAAAGAACUGCAGAAUCAACAUCUACCGAGAUAGCAACUGGCCCAUUGUCUGAUGAAUCAGAACAAUCCGUCAUUGGCGUGCGAGCAGAAACCUGUACCUCCUGGACAGCUUGGUUCGACAAAGACAAUCCUCUAGGCAAUUAUGAUAGAGAAGACCUGGCCGAUCUUCAGACGAAGCACCCUGGGCAGAUCUGUGCCACGCCUGUUGGGAUUCAUGCCCGUGUGCACGGGACCCGCAUGGGGGCGCUGCUGACCGGAGAGCUGUUCGAAGCAUUUGGUCCGACCUCCGGCAUCGUGUGCAAGAACAGCGAUCAGGCCGAUGGCAUCUGUGAGGACUACGAAGCGCGAUAUUGUUGUGAGACCAGCAACGUUUGUCGUACGUUUGCCACGAACCGGGGACUAUCUGACACCUUCAAUAACCCACCUGCAUCGUCUCCAGUAAAGUUUAAAGUACAGGCUACAUACCACGUCAAUGUCCUUCUAUCUAGUCGCAAUUACUGGAUGCCAGAAAAGUACAUAAUUACCAUUGGCAACACACACUCCCUCAUUAGGAAAAAUGAUUGGAACCGGAUCACUGCAGAAGUUCUUGCUACCGGAUUUCUAUCUCCAACGCAAUACAAGGGGUUUUGGAUUUCCUGGACGCUGAACGGAACAAUCGCAGUCGGGAGGGAGGGCGAUGUAACCCCGUUCAUGCAGUUCUCAGACCCCGAUCCACUGCCGAUCCGCUUUGUCGGUUUCCGCACCUGGAAAACAGAAUACGGAUCCUUGGAAAUCUGUGACGAAGAAUGUUCUACUGUUAGCCCCAAUGUAGGCCUGGCCCUGUCGUACAACAUGACAAAGUUUCCAAACUAUGCAGGGCACCAGAAUGAAUCAGAGCUGCGGAGUUCGCCAACAGAAUUAGAGGCCUUUAGAACUCUGGCGAAUGAUAAUUGUCAUCCACAUAUCCGCCAUCUUGUUUUCUCCAUUGUCGUGCCGCAGUGCGUGUCGGGAAGGACGUAUCCGCCAUGUUACGAAUUUUGCAGGCGGGUUAGGAAAAGUUGUGUUGACGUGAUUGGUGCAUCAGUGGUUAAAAAUCUAUUUUGGUGCGUUGAUUUUCCCCGGGCCAGUGAAGUUGUGUAUUGUGUGGAUCCGGAAUCGCUGUGGAGAGAAGACGGUCGAUGUGGCACCGUUUUUCCGGCACCGGGUGCGACGGUAGCGCAGUGCCAUCCGGAAUAUUUCCCAUGCUGCACCAUGGACGGAUGGUGUGAGCCCCAAAGCGUGUGCACAGACCCACUGGUCCCCUCCGACGGUGGAACUAUGGAGGAAUACCGGCGAUGGGAAACAGGAGAGGCGCUGCCGGAAUCAUAUAACGCCAAGGAGAGCCCAAUCGACAUGCAGAAAGGUAAACUUCUGCCGACAUCUUCAGGAGUAAAGAUUGACAGUUUUGGUUGGCUGUCAGAGGAAACAAUGAAUUUCAACGUGACUGCCACCUUCACGGUAGCCUGGACCGACCCCCGCCUGGCUAACCUGGGCGGCAGGACGUGGAUCCCCGUGCCGGCACAUGUUCUGUGGCUUCCGUCAGUGAAGUUUGGCAAGAAGGUGCGAGCCAGCUGGUACGUAAUCUCUAGAUCCUCGCAAGGAAAAGGUACCAGGGAUGAAGAGGGGACCAUGACAACAUGGCUGUCUCCUGACGGCCAGAUCAGCCACUCAAUCAGGCGGAAGUUGAGCGUAUUCUGUCGCCUGGAUCUGCGCAGUUAUCCUUUUGACAAACAGACGUGCAGCUUACAGCUACAAGGAUUCGGGGGCAUCGUGUUUCAAAUCAGCCGUGUGCCUGGUGGAAGAAGCCCGAUGGUUCUUGAUCUAACUGAAGCGGAUUCACAAUUUGUCCUCCGAGAGACAGAACUGUUGGGAACUGUGGCGUCAAAAAGACAAGACGGUAUAGGUUGUACCUUCUUCCACCAGAGGUGCAUGCUGGGUAAGAGUGCAGACACGUGUCCGUACCUGCGUUUCUGUGAUACCAGAGACCCGGUCUGUGGCUCCCCAGACGUGUACUCCACCAUUGAAGUGAGGUUCCAUUUCCAGAGAAGACUUCCCUACUAUGUUCUACAAACCUUCAUCCCGACCACUACAGUAGUGGUCGUGUCCUGGUCGUCUUUCUGGAUCCACUUCAGCGAGGCGUCUGCACGGGUCGCCAUCGGCAGUACUACCCUGCUGAUGCUCAUCCGCCUGGGGAGCCAGACUAUGCGGAUGCCACACAUAUCCUACAUCCGGGCAAUUGACAUCUGGCACAUCGGCUGCCUCGUUUUCGCCCUGCUGGUGACGUUAGAGUUCGCAGUGGUGCACUUCUUACACAGUACAGACGGCAAGAAGGCAGACAUCAAGAAGCACUGGAAAAAUUCGGCUAGAAGACGGAGAUCCAGAGUUGAGCCCGUGCAGUUCAUCGAAGAACGCAUGGCGGAUGAAGUUUCCAAGAAAGACGAUGAACCAAAGACAAGGGUCAAACUGACAAAGUCUACGACAGAACGGCCUACUACAGGUGGCAACAAAAGAUCUGCAGAUCGUAAGAUUUCCGCCAGGGGUCGUAAAGCAGAGAAGGCGAGGCCAGUACGGCCGGCGAAAGUUCCUGUUGGUGUACCGGUGCUCCUGAUGUAA